GUCAGAGGUGGGCGAACGUGAGAAAGUCACAGGGAGCAAAGCUGAGGGCUCAGACGACAAAUAUUUCUCCUUAGAAUAUUUGGAUUUGUCCUAAGAGCUGACCAUCUAUGGCGGAGUCGGCAAUCAUGUGAGACGGGUGAUUUGUGGCUGGAUACAUUGUAACGGCUGAUUGAUUAUUGACAUUGUCGGGAUUUCACAGACUCAUCGUCACAGAUUUUGGAAUUUCUGGGUGGAUAUUUUUGGAAUAUUUUUCGUGGCAGUUUUUGUCUUUUCUGUCUGGACAUGAUGUGGAUGUGGCAGUGAUUCCUGGGCACGUGGACCCCACCGGCACAUUCCCUCCUCUGGAUCGGAUUAAGGACAAUGCUGAGGCCGCUUCUUUCCCUGAUUCUUGUGAUCGGAUCUUUACUUUCCAAGGAAAUAGGAGCUGUAUUAGAUGUCACAUUGGUUUCAUUAAUCUCUGAACACCGUAAAGGGGACUUAUCGUUAUUAUGUGUCACUGGGGAACGGGAUAUGAAGAGCUCAGAUCUGCACAUUGAACGAGAUAAUAAGAUUGUGCUCAUUCCUCCUGUGCCGCCAUUCACAACCAAAUCAAAGGACAAGGAGCUGCACGCCAGUGGAUUCUCUUUUCAGGAACUAGUCGGCGUCUUUUUCUGCACUGCCAAGCGGCCCUCUGAGCAGACCAAGAUCCUCUAUCCAUAUAACAGCCCAUCUGCUGAUCUGAUUCCAGUUAAAGUGACAGUGACCGUCAGUGUGAACCAAGACGCCCAACUGCAAGCCAAAGUCAUCAAGCCUGGGCACCCGGACAUUCUGUGGAAGUACAAUGGAACCUUUUUCAAGACGACGUACAAGAACGAUGUGAGUAGCGGGAUAGCCCAGCUCUCCUUCGAGUCGGUGCAGCACAGUCAGGCCGGGAUUUACAGCGCCGGCUUCAUGGGGGCGAUUCCCCUUGUCAACGCCUUCUUCAGGCUGAUCGUAAGAGGGUGUCCGGCUGGUAAGUGGGGUCCAUCCUGUCAGAAGGACUGUCUGAACUGUCUCAACGGUGGCGUGUGUCACGACAGUAGCGGCGAAUGCAUAUGUGCUCCAGGGUUCAUGGGAACGCUCUGCGAAAAGGCUUGUAGAGAAGGAAACUUUGGAAGAAACUGCCAGGAGACGUGUAAGAGAGAACAUGGCUGUAAGGGCCUCACCUUCUGCCUCCCUGACCCCUAUGGAUGCUCCUGCGGAAGUGGCUGGACCGGGACACAGUGUCAAGCAGAGUGUCCCCCAGGACUGUACGGAGCAAACUGUGCCCUGAAGUGUGAGUGCAAGAACGGGGGGUCCUGCAACAGGUUCAGCGGCUGCGUGUGCCCCAACGGCUGGCAUGGGCAACACUGCGAGAAGUCAGAUCAUCUUCCUCAGAUCAUUGAUCUUCCGAUGCAGGUUGAGUUUAACCUGAAUUCCGCUGCGAGCCUGAGCUGCGCUGCGUCUGGGAAACCUCAGCCGGUGCGGGAGAGUAUAGUGCUGCGCCGGCCGGACGGCUCUGUCCUGAGCGCCAGUCAGGCGGUGCUGGACUCAGAGCGCAGCACGUGCAAGUUCAACGUGUCCAGGCUGACGCGGGCCGACCACGGCUUCUGGGAAUGUCGCGUCUCCACCAGUGGGGGGCAGGACAGCCGCAAAUUUCAAGUGCUUGUCAGAGUGCCUCCUGUACCUCUGGAGCCUCCACGUUUGCUCAGCCGGGGGAGCCGACAUCUGAUCCUCGCUCCACUGCAAAGCUUUACUGGAGACGGGCCGAUUUCAUCCAUCAAGUUGCUGUAUCGACCCAAGGAAAGCGCAGCCCACUGGUCCAACAUUGUAGUGGAUCCUAAAGACAACAUAACUCUUCCCAACCUGAAGCCGGUCACUGCUUACUUGGUGCAGUUUCAGCUGAGUCGACCAGGCCCUGGAGGAGAAGGACCUCUGGGACCGGUGGUGGUUCUGCACACAGACUGUAUAGAGCCGACAGUGAAGCCGGAGAUCAGGGGCUACUCCAUAGAAGACCGCAACACCCUGUACAUAAAUUGGCAGCUCCCCUCCUAUAGCGCUGUCGGGGGCGGCUACCUGGUCAGGAUUCAUCACCCCGCUAACCGUCUAUUCCGCCAGGAGAACAUCACCUCCAUAGACGUCCUGUCCGCCCGCAUUUAUGGCCUCAGCUCCAAGACAGAAUACACCUUCAGGGUCCUGAUCUUUCACUGCACCAGCCUGGGGCCCCCGUCCGACCCCUACACCAUCAUACUCAACAGCAAAGGUCCGUCACCCCCCAAGGACGUCCACGCCGAGACCAUCUCCAGGGAGAGCGUGAAGCUGAUCUGGUCUCCCCCUGACGAUCCCAACGGAGGGAUCAUCAAAUAUACAGUGGAGAGCCGGAGGCGGGGGGCCCCCGGGGAGCAGCAGUGGGCUGAUACCGAGGGCCACAACCAGACCUGGCACAUCAUCAGCGGCCUGAACGCCAGCACCGACUACCAGUUCAGAGUCCGAGCAAACUCCAGAGUCCCCGGAGAAUGGAGCCACAGUGUGACCGCGGCCACCUACAGCGACAAGCCUUCCAUCAUGGCCACCAGUGAGGAGGUUCGACGUUUACAAGACCCCAGUUCGGGGCAGCAGCUCAUCCUGGCGAUCAUCGGCUCCGUGUCCGUCACGUGUUUCACCAUCAUCAUCGCGCUUCUCGCUCUUUUUUGCAUUAAAAAGAAUUUAUUCCAUCGGCGCAGGAUGUUCACGUAUCAGUCCGGAUCGGGAGAAGAAACCAUCCUGCAGUUCAGUUCGGGGACGCUGACCCUCACCCGGCGGCCACGACCCCAGACGGAGCCCUUCUCGUACCCCAUCCUGGAAUGGGCAGACAUUAAGUUUGAAGACGUGAUCGGAGAAGGGAACUUUGGGCAGGUCAUUAAAGCCAUGAUCAAAAAAGACGGGGCGCGGAUGAACGCCGCCAUCAAGAUGCUAAAAGAAUUUGCAUCGGAGAACGACCACAGAGACUUUGCUGGAGAACUGGAAGUCCUUUGUAAAUUGGGGCAUCACCCGAAUAUCAUCAACCUGCUGGGGGCUUGUGAGAACCGAGGCUAUCUCUACAUCGCCAUCGAGUAUGCCCCCUAUGGGAACCUGCUGGAUUUCUUGCGAAAAAGCCGAGUCCUGGAGACGGAUCCCGCCUUCGCCAGGGAGCACGGGACAGCGUCCACUCUGACCUCUCAGCAGCUCCUGCAGUUUGCCUCAGAUGUAGCAAAAGGCAUGCAGUACCUCAGCGAGAAGCAGUUCAUUCACAGGGAUCUCGCCGCAAGAAAUGUUCUGGUUGGGGAAAAUCUAGUAGCUAAGAUUGCAGAUUUUGGUCUUUCACGAGGAGAAGAAGUUUAUGUGAAGAAGACAAUGGGGCGCCUCCCCGUGCGCUGGAUGGCCAUCGAGUCCCUCAACUACAGUGUCUACACUACGAAGAGUGAUGUCUGGUCCUUCGGGGUCCUCCUCUGGGAGAUUGUCAGUUUAGGUGGGACACCAUAUUGCGGUAUGACCUGUGCGGAGCUCUAUGAAAAAUUACCGCAGGGUUACAGGAUGGAAAAACCCCGGAACUGUGAUGACGAGGUGUAUGAGCUGAUGCGGCAGUGCUGGAGGGAUCGUCCCUAUGAGCGGCCUCCAUUUACCCAGAUAUCCCUGCAGCUCAUCCGCAUGCUGGAGGCCAGGAAGGCCUAUGUCAACAUGGCGCUGUUUGAGAAUUUCACUUAUGCUGGAAUUGAUGCGACCGCCGAAGAGGCGUGAGAAGAAGACGAGCGAGAACUUUAUGGACUCCGCACAUUGCUUGUUGGAGAUAAGGACUAAUAUUCUCGCCGUCCCCUGGUGGACUGCAGAGAGCAGCAAAGCCCAUGGCCGGAUCCAAGGCUUCUGUUGUGUCAGUCAUCUCCGUCCACAAACCACACGAGUGGGCAACAUGGAGAUGUCAAAGAGUGCGGCUGGAGGAACGUGAUAAGAGCGAGCCCCCUCCCCCACUACAGCUCGACACUGCCAUCACUUGUAUGUAAAGUGCCCCCUGUACAGUCCUCUGCUCCUAUAGGGCCACAAUAAACCUCAUUACUAUUUGUA